UAACCGAGGUCAUCUGCAGAACAUGAGUGCUUUAUUUCCCGAGGUCUAGCCUUGUGUUGUACUUGUUAGCCUCCUAGCCCGGCCAUCCGCUGCGCUGCAGCUCACAGAACAAGCUAGUCGGUACUGAGCGCUUCGCAGAAGAAUUUAAACUAAUAGAAGUAUAAACAGUGGUGGCUAGCUAACGCUACUUGUUUUAGGAAUAAUUAAAUAAUCUGGUUCGUUAACUGUAGAUCAGCUUCAGGCUUCGCUAACGUGCAUGAGCUAAGUGAACGGUUCGGAUCUCGUUGAAUGGCUUUCACUGCUAGCCAGCUUGUUAGCCGAGUGUGUCGGCUUGAGGUGCCACGGCAUUGUCUGCCCGGGCCUCGCUAAAGUCUCUCAGAUUUUUACAAGCUGCUGUAAAGUUCCAGAGCAGAAUGACAGAAACUUCAGGGCUUCAGUUUGUGAGCCCAUAUGCCUUUGAGGCCAUGCAGAAGGUGGACGUGAUGCGCCUUGCAGCUUUGAGUGAUCCUGAGCUGAGGCUUCUGUUGCCAUGCCUGGUGAGGAUGGCACUGUGUGCCCCUGCUGACCAGAGCAAUGCCUGGGCACAGGAUAAGAAGCUCAUCCUGCGCCUGCUGUCCGGUGUAGAGGCAGUGAACUCCAUAGUGGCACUGCUUUCUGUGGACUUUCAUGCCCUGGAGCAGGAUGCCAGGAAAGAACAGCAACUCAGGCAUAAGGCUGGAGGGUCAAAUGGCGAGAGUAUCCUUGUUUCCCAGCUGCAGCAUGGGCUUACACUGGAGUUUGAACACAGUGACCCACUAAGGAGACUCAGACUGUCUCUAAGUGAGCUGCUGGCCAUCAUGAACAAGGUAGCUGACUCCAAUGGGGAGUUUUUUCUAAAGACCUCUGAGCUAUUUGAGAGUCCUGUGUACCUGGAAGAGGUAGCCGAUGUCCUCUGCAUCCUUCAAGCAGAACUGCCUUCUUUGUUGCCUAUUGUAGAUGUGGCAGAGGCCUUACUUCAUGUGCGGAAUGGAGACUGGUUCCUGUGUCUCCUUGUCGCCAAUGUCCCAGACAGUUUCAAUGAAGUGUGCCGCAGUCUUAUAAAAAAUGGUGAGCGGCAAGAUGAGGAGAGUGUGGGAGGGAGACGCAGAACCGAAGCUCUUAGGCAGCUGUGUCAGAUGAACCCAUCUCAAGCACUGAACAUCAGAGCUAUGGUGAUGGAGGAGUGUCACCUGCCAGGUUUGGGAGUGGCUCUAACACUAGACUAUAAACCAGACAGUACAGAUGAGGCAGUUAGUCCACUGGUGUCAUAUGUCAGUGGGUUGCUACUGGGCACCAAUGGGAAAGUGCGCACCUGGUUCAGCAUGUUUAUUCGCAAUGGGCAACAGAGAAAGAGAGAGAGUAGUUCUGUAUUGUGGCAGAUGCGCAGACAGCUGCUUUUGGAGCUAGUGGCCAUCCUACCUCGCUCACGCAGUACGCAUGUGCCCAAUGACUCAGAGCUGGGUUCUGAGAUGGAGAGCACUUCAGGCUACUCAGGUCUGAGAGAGGAACACGUGGUGAAGGCCAGCGCUCUACUUAGACUCUACUGCGCUCUUAUGGGCAUUGCUGGACUUAGACCCACAGAUGAGGAGGCUGAGCAACUUCUCCAGCUGAUGACCAGUCGCCCCCCUGCUACUGCUGCUGGAGUACGCUUUGUCUCCCUGUCCUUCUGUAAAUUACUUGCCUUCCCUACACUUGUUAGUACUCCAGAACAAGAGCAACUGAUGGUGAUGUGGCUCAGCUGGAUGAUUAAGGAGGAAGAGUACUUUGAGAGUGCUGCAGGUGUGUCUGCAUCCUUUGGAGAGAUGUUAUUACUGGUUGCUAUGUAUUUCCAUAGCAAUCAGCUCAGUGCCAUCAUUGAGCUGGUCUGCUCCACAUUGGGAAUGAAGAUUGCCAUUAAACCCAGCUCUCUGAACAAAAUGAAGACUAUCUUCACCCAUGAAAUCUUCACUGAGCAGGUGGUAACUGCCCAUGCUGUGAGAGUAGCGGUCACUAACAACUUAAGUGCCAAUAUUGCAGGCUUCCUUCCCAUCCACUGCAUUUACCAGCUCCUUAAAAGCAGAGCCUUUACCAAGCACAAAGUCUCAAUAAAGGAUUGGAUCUUCAGGCAGCUGUGUGAGACAUCUACACCUCUUCACACUCAGCUGCUCCCUCUCAUUGAUGUUUAUAUCAAUUCCAUCCUUACUCCUGCCUCAAAGGCCAAUCCUGAGGCCACAAACCAGCCAAUCACAGAGCAGGAAAUUCUCAGUGUAUUUCAGGGCCGGCUUGGGCUCCCUCUGACAGAUGACGGAAAAGUGCAUUCUCAGUAUAGUAUCACCACGCAGCUGUUGAUUCUUUACUAUAUUCUAUCAUAUGAGGAAGCUCUACUGGCCAACACCAAGGCACUUGCCCUAAUGCAGAAGAAACCAAAGUCCUAUUCUGCUAUCCUUAUGGACCAAAUACCCAUCAAAUACCUGAUCCACCAGGCCCAGGGUUUGCAGCAGGAAUUGGGGGGGCUCCAUUCUGCUUUGUUGCGCCUCUUGGCCACUAACUACCCUCAUCUCUGUAUGGUGGAGGAUUGGAUUUGUGAAGAAGAAGUUACUGGUACACUGCCACUCCUGCGGAAGAUGCUACUGACUGAACCAGCCUGCAAGUACUCAAAAGUAGAGUUGCACAAGUCCUUCCAAGAUGUGGUACAGAGUGGCCACAGGCUGAUGCGGAUCCUGGAGCACUUGACACUUCUGAGUGCAGGUGAUCUUAUCCCCUAUGCAGAAGCCUUAACAGCCAGCAUAAGUUUGCUGUUGGAGGAAGGUGUCUCCCGCAGGGUCCUGCAGACUGUCAACAAGCUCUGGAUGGUGCUUAAUACGGUCAUGCCUCGGAGACUUUGGGUGAUGACGGUGAAUGCUUUGAGGCCCUGUCUUAAGCUCCUCAGGCAGCAGUUCUACACUCAGAAUGACCUUCUGGUGGACCCACUCAUUGUGCUACGCUGUGACUCGAGAGUGUUCAGGUGUCCUCCAUUAAUGGACAUCACACUUCACAUGUUAAACGGCUACCUGCUGGCAUCUAAAGCUUAUCUGAAUGCUCACCUAAAGGAGACUACGGAGUUUGAUCGGCAGACUCAGACAGUCUCCAACUUAGGACUCACUGGUCAACCAGACACACAAGAGGUCACCAGGGAGGAGCUGAAAAAUGCGUUAUUGGCUGCACAGGACAGUGCAGCAGUGCAGAUCCUGUUGGAGGUCUGUCUGCCUUCUUUUCAGGAGGAGCAACAGUUGAGUGCAGGAGGAAGUGACUGCUUGCUAAAGAGUGUUCAGACUAUUUCAAGGCACUCUGUGAGAGAGCAGGGGAGAGCCAUAUCUUUGUGGGGAACUCAGGACUCACAAAAGCCUGAGGCAGGAUCCUUUGGAGCUCGGGGGGAGCGACAGGCAGAGGGCGGGUUGCUCAGUGACCUGAGAGAAGUGCAGUGCCUCAUCUGCUGUCUGCUACACCAGAUGUUCAUUGCAGAUCCUAACAUCGCCAAACUGGUUCAUUUCCAGGGUUAUCCUCAAGGUCUGCUUCCUCUGACUGUAGCUGGAAUUCCUUCCAUGCACAUCUGCCUGGACUUCAUUCCUGAGCUCCUUGCACAACCUCAGCUGGAAAAACAGAUCUUUGCCAUACAGCUGCUCUCUCAUCUGUGCACACAGUAUGCUCUGCCAAAGUCCCUCAGUGUGGCACGUCUAGCUAUUAGCAUGAUGGGCACCCUACUGACAGUCCUGACACGUGACAAGCGUUUUCUGUUCUUCAUGCCUACGUUGCCAUGUCUGGUGUCAUUUUGCCGGGCAUUCCCUCCCCUCUAUGACGAUGUGGCCUCCUUGCUGGUGCAGGUGGGGCAAGUGUGUGCUGCUGAUGUUGCCACUAAGGCCAGAGACAUUGACCCAUUUAUCACAAGGCUGCAAUAUUUCAAGGAAAAAACAAAGGAAGCACUUGGAUCAGAUGUUAAAUUAUCCAAAAUGGAUCUGCCUAAGAGAUUUACUGAAUUUGGUAGAGCUGAUCCAGAUAUCCAGCUGUGUUACUGCAUAGAGGCCACCUUUAUGGACAUCAUUAGUUACAAUGUGCAGCUACUUUAAGGAGGAGGAGAAGCCUUGUUUAAGUAUAUGGAAUACUUGCAUUAUCUGGAAAUGAAGAACAUCUCUUUUGGUUGCAUAAACACUGUAAUGUCACCUGAGGCAGAGUCAGAAAAAAGUUUUGGUUUAACCUUUAUCAUCUAUGGCAACUGUGCAAAAUGUUCAUGAUCUAUUUUCUAUACAAUAAAUUACCUUGAUAUUCUUAAUUUUGGUAUUUUGUUUUAUAUUCUGUUUUGUUUAUUCUUAAAUUUGUAUUAAAGUGAUUAUUAUAGUGAUUCAAAUUCUGAUUCUUUUUUGUCUGUAAAUUUUUACAUCUGUUUAUAUACAUCCAUCCCUGCAUCCAUCGCUAAUACCCGCUGUAUCCGUCAGGACUGGAGCUUAUCCCAGCCAGAAUCGGGCGGAAGGCGGUAUACACCCUGGACAGGCCUCAAAUCCAUUUCAGGGCAGACACACACACACAAACACAUUCACUCAUUCACACCUAGGAGUUCAACCAAUUACUGAUUAGUCUAAGCAGUUUUUGGGCUGUGGGAGGAAACCAGAGUAAAAAAAUUCAUCUUUACGAAUGUGAUGGAAAGGCUAGAAAGAAAGGAUCUGUGAAUGAUUCCAAACAUACCAGCUCAUCUGUGGAACAUGUUGGCAGUACCUGAAAAUAAAAGCUGAAAUGUUGACUUUUUUUCUUUUUUUUUUUGCGCUGUUAAAGCUAAAAUCUCCCUGCGCUGAUGGUUUCUUAUACUCCUUUCUUCUGCAAUCUACAUCUACAAGACCUGGUGCGUUGAACAGCAGACGUUUAAGACCUAAUGUCUCUUCCCUGACCCAUUUAGAGAAAUCUAAAUGUGUGGUUGAGAAGAUAGAAGUCAGCAUAAAAAAAAAUACAACAUGCAUUACAUUAUGUACAAUUACAUUAUGUCUAAUGAUUUGAUCGUCUCUACAGUAGAGCUUGUUUUCCAACCAGUCAUAUUGCAGAAGCAACGUUUUGGUUGAGGUAUUGAACUUGAAGUGCUCAGAGUCCCGUUGUACAAGGUGUGUUUGUUUACGACUAAUUUUGAAAGGCCAGUAGAAGUUGCUGUUCAUUCUAAAUUGCAAAUAAAUGAUGUCUGUUUUAUAUUGGGCAAUGAUCUGGCAAAUGGAGAAUUUCUUUCUCUGCCUGUGGUAGUAAACCAGCCCAUGCACACUUUGUUUUUUCUAUGUAAAGAAAUAAAACCUGCUCUGUUUCGUUCUUGUGCCCUAACCUGAGCUCAAGCACGCAAAUUUGCGGACACUCUAGAUUUGUUGAACAUGUUCUUGUGCAGUGCUGUCCCUGUGUCUGACUCCAAAUCCUGAUUGCUUGCAAACAGCUGAGAGUAACCAGAUAGCUUCUGACCCACUUGAGCUACCCAGCUCAGAUUUACCUGACCUAGUUACCAGACACCCUUUGAUUUCUGCUCAGCACGCAGGCCAUACCCUUGACUACUGUUUUUGCUCAGUAACAAAAGAAAACAGAUGUGCCAGAAGAGCAUACUGGUUAUUUUAUUGAGGAUGAUGUGUUAAUAAGAUGGUGGUCUUCCUCACAUUCAAAUGGAGAAAGAAUGUGAAGCAGUUCACCAAAGGGUAGUGCCGAGUCCAUAUAGGUCUUUGCUUCUUACUUGCCUGGUCAUUGGAAAAGCAAAUCAGUCUAACCCUUCUGCGCCUCUCUGCCCCAUACCUGAAGUAGGAGAACCGUUUGCGAGACUUCUCAUUGAAUGUGUAGGACCGUUACCUAAAACCAGGUCUGGUAAUUUUGAUUAAAACAAUAGUUGUCUUCAUCACCAGCAUAGAUACUUAUCUGUAAUACUUAUGUUAUACCUGUCUGUAACACCUGUAAUACUUCACAUUGAUUUAUGUUCAUGUCAACAUUUGUAAAUGCAUCCUCUUUAUCUUGGCCUUAUGUAAAUAGUUAUAAUUUUUCAUGUCUGUUUUAUGUUUUAAACCCCUGUAGACUAGCCAUUUUUCCCCCGCCGUAAAAGAAAUGGUGUGCUCCAUUAGAUUAGGGGCGGGGCUAGUUGUUUAAGAGGGACUGGCUUUGGUGGGGGGACUGGCUCAGUUAUGAUUAACCUGAUGCUGAGAGGGGCCACAGGUGCGGGUCGAGCUGGUACUGUGUUUGGAACCUAUGGCCUUGUGGCCUUUGUUCAAUUUACCUGUACUGAAACUAGUCAGGCAUUUUAACCAUUUUGCACAGUUUUUGUUUACUUUUUCUGCAUGCACUGUAAAUAAAAACUCAGCCUUUUGAACUUA